GCCAUACCCCAAAAUAAGGACCACUCAAGUCUCACACUAUCUUCAAACUCCAUAAAGUCUUUUCCAUGUUUCUGAGACCAUAGAAGCUGUUUUUAUUUUAGCUCUGCCUCUUCUUUUUUUUUUUUUUUUUUUCUUUUUUUUUUUGUUUAACAUGGCUUGUCUGAGCGACGAGAGCUGGGUUUCUCUUCCUAAAAUGCUCUCAGAGCGGUUAACUCUUAGAGGUGGUGAUCAAAAUGAAGAGGAGGAACUGAAAAAGAAGAGCUUUGUUGAAUCUAAGAGGACCCAAUACCGAAUAGAGAAAGUUUUUCCGGUUUAUGCAUUGGGGAUAUCCAAGCCUGAGUCUGACUCGAUUGUUAAUUCGGGUGACCUGAUUGCUGACCCAAUUUGGGACGCUGUGAAAGAAGAGGCUAAGUUGGAGGCAGAGAAGGAGCCGAUUUUGAGUAGCUUCUUAUAUGCCAGUAUAAUGUCACAUGAUUGCUUAGAGCAAGCCUUGGGGUUUGUUCUUGCCAAUAGACUGCAGAACCCUACACUGUUGGCAACUCAACUGAUGGAUAUAUUUUUUGAUGUGAUAUUGCAUGACACAGGUAUUCAACAUUCAAUCCGCCUAGAUAUGCAGGCAUUUAAAGAUCGGGAUCCUGCUUGUUUGUCAUAUUGCUCAGUUCUGUUGUAUCUUAAGGGAUAUCAUUCUCUGCAAGUGCAUCGAGUAGCACAUGCAUUGUGGAGCCAAGGACGCAAAGUAUUGGCGUUGGCACUACAAAGCCGAAUCAGUGAGGUUUUUGGAGUUGACAUACAUCCGGCUGCAAAAAUUGGAGAGGGAAUAUUAUUGGAUCAUGGUACAGGUGUGGUUAUUGGUGAAACUGCUGUUGUGGGAAAUAGAGUUUCAUUGAUGCAUGGUGUAACUUUAGGAGGAACAGGGAAAGAAGUUGGUGAUCGUCAUCCAAAAGUAAGUGAUGGUGCACUAAUUGGUGCCAGUGCAACUAUACUUGGGAACAUAAAAAUAGGUAAAGGUGCAAUGGUAGCUGCUGGUUCCCUUGUGUUAAAAGAUGUCCCUCCACACAGCAUGGUGGCAGGAAUUCCGGCCAAAGUGAUUGGAUAUGUAGAUGAACAAGAUCCGUCAUUGACAAUGAAGCAUGAUGCUACCAAAGAUUUUUUCGAACAUGUUGCUGAUAAUUUUAAGGAUGGAAGAUCAACUGGAGGGCAGGAGUCAGGAUCGGGAAAGAAAUGAUGGAAGCACUUAAGAGAUGUGGCUAGGCGUAAAUGUCAUUUGCCAAUGGCAAUGCAAUUCAUGGUCUGCGAAGAAGCAGGGGGACAGGGACAAGGGUUUAUCAUUUCCAGAAUGUUAGAUACAAACAAAAUAUAAUGCUCCUAUAACUUUGAAAUGCGAUGAGCAAUUUGUAGUCCAUUGUAAUUUAUGCUGACACAUUGUUGAGGUUCCCAAUAUUGCAAAAUUUACAUAUCUGA